CUGUCUCCCCGACAGACCUGGUCUUCACCUGAGGACGGCUGCUUGCUUUGUGGCCGAAACGUCGUGAGAAUUAUUUUAUGUUUUAUUUUUAUUAUUUUAUUAUUUCCCUUCUACGUGACUUUACCGAAAGAACCAAGAAGAUGAAUCCCUGCAGUCACGAAAACUUUAAAUGGAAACAGGUCAACCUGCUUUAGCUUUUGAGGCGUAAUGAUACUAAUAAUGAUUUGAAGCUUUCGUGACUGCAGGAAUCCAUCCGCGUGCGGUUUGUCCGCUUUAAAAGCAUCUAAUCUCAAUGUAAAUUUGUCUGGAGAACUCCCCCUAGAAUUCAAUGACUGAGGAUACAUUUUGAAAGUGGAGUACAUGCCAACGAGAUCACGAUCACGAGAAUGGAAACUGUAAACGGGUUACAUUUGACCCGAUCAUUCGGAUAAAUUGGCUCAUCUGCCCUGGCGCUGAUUACCCAUUUAUGAUGGCAAGGGCAACUCAUCAUACAACGGAGGAGCAUGUGUCAUUGUCGAGGGGGGGGUGUGUGGAGAGCAAUUGAAUCUCAUUCGUGCGUUGUCAAGCCACAUGCUAUCACAGUAUUACCCUCCGAUUGACACGGUUGGCUACGUACGGUGCGAAAGAUGUUCAGCAAACAUUGCAUACAUAUACAUUGCAUGACCAUGCAAUGUAAAAUCAACUGAAAAAAGAAAAAUUUGAAAUCGCCUGCCCUCACUAAUUUGUAAUUGCCUCCCAUUAAACAGCAACGAAUUGUAUAAAUUCGACAUCGACCGCCAUUAAAAUUCUGACAAUGACAUUACAACCCCAGCCAACACCACCGUUAAAAUCACCAGUACCUGCUAAAAUAUUUACAACCACUCUUACUUAUACGAAACAUACAAUUGCAUUUCUGCGCCGCCACUGAUUUUCUGCAUAUUUUUUUUAUUUCACGCGGCUUUGUAUCUGCUGACAUUUUUUGUUGUCGAAAUCUGCCGCGUGCCAGCCUGACCCCUGCCAGAGGUCGCAACCGGGUACCCGAUACCCGUACCCUACCCGAUACCCGGCUACCCGUACCCGACCGGGUACGGGUAGCCGGGUAUCCGUUUGCGACCCUGGUGCGGCCGGGUACGGGUAGGCCGUGAGUCACUGUUCUCCAACCGCCAUGUACGAGGCGGCGCUGCUUGACGGCGGCACAGAGCCGCUGACGCACGAGUCCUGCGAGAGGGUCGUCGUCAACGUGUCGGGGCUGCGAUUCGAGACGCAGCUCAAGACACUCGGCCGGUUCCCGGACACCCUCCUGGGCGACCCCGGCAAGAGGUGGCGCCACCACGACCCCCUGCGCAACGAGUACUUCUUCGACAGGAACCGGCCGAGUUUCGACGCCAUCCUCCACUACUACCAGUCCGGCGGGCGGCUGAGACGCCCGGUCGACGUCUCCCUCGAAGUGUUCGGCGAGGAGAUCGAGUUCUACGAGCUCGGCAACGAGGCCGUGGUCAAGUUCUGGGAAGACGAGGGCUUCAUCGGAGAGGAGGAGGUGGAGGAGAAGGAGCCACUGCCAUCGGACGAGUUCCAGCGGCGGGUGUGGCUGCUGUUCGAAUACCCCGAGAGCUCCAUCGCGGCCAGGGGAAUUGCCACCGUGUCUGUGCUGGUCAUCCUCAUCUCCAUCAUCAUGUUCUGCCUCGAGACUCUGCCUGAACUCAGGGACGAGAAUAAGCAGAAAUUUCUCCCGGCAAAGGACAUCAACGGCACGCAGGUCGACGGUACACAUCGCGGCUUUGUCGCUGAUCCAUUUUUUAUCGUGGAAACCAUGUGCAUCGUUUGGUUUUCCUUUGAACUGCUGGUGAGGUUUUUUGCGUGCCCCAACAAACUGGGAUUUUUCAAAAGCAUCAUGAACAUCAUUGACAUCGUGGCCAUUCUGCCCUACUUCAUCACCCUCGGCAUCGAGAUGGCCAAGCCCCAAGGGCGUGACCAGCAGGCCACGUCACUGGCGAUUUUGCGGAUGACCCGGCUGGUGCGAGUGUUCCGGAUACUCAAGCUGUCCAGGCACUCCAGGGGCUUGAAGAUCCUGGGCCAGACUUUGAAGGCGAGCGCGAGCGAGCUGGGCCUGCUCGUAUUUUUCCUCGUCAUCGGCGUCGUCCUCUUCUCCAGCGCCGUCUACUUUGCCGAGGCCGACCAACUAAACUCGGAGUUCCGAAGCAUCCCCGACACCUUCUGGUGGGCCAUCGUAACCAUGACGACGGUGGGUUACGGCGACAUGUGUCCCGUGACGGCGUGGGGCAAGGCGGUGGGCUCGCUGUGCGCCAUCGCCGGCAUGCUCACCAUCGCCCUCCCCGUGCCCGUCGUCGUCUCCAACUUCAACUACUUUUACCGCCGCGAGACGGGCGGUGAGGAGCGCGCGAGCCGCCUGCGUCUCUCAAGCCGCUCGCAGCAGCAGCAGGAGGAGCAGCAGAAGCAGCAGAAGCAGCAGCAGGAGAGAAGAAAUAGCGGAUGCCGUCCACAAGCAGCUUCACAUACGUGGAGAUGCGCGACGAUCUGAGCGGCGACGUUGACUUCGAGGUGAAGAUGCACCUCAAGCGCGACAAACACAACGGCAUCGACAGAGACGUCCGAUGCUCCGCCUUGCAAGUCGUCACGAAAUGCCUCGAGGUAUUUGUUCGCGAUGAAUGUGCACUGACAUCGCUUACCUGUCGCUACGCUUGAAUGGUCGAAUGGACAUUUGAGUCGCGUGGUCAAUAAAUGUUUUCAAGUCAA